AAAAGCGAUAAAGUCUCCAACGAAUUAGUUUUCCUGCAACAUUAACAAGUUUUUGUGUGAAGAAAAGCUUUGUUUUGUGAUUUCAUAAAUAUUGGCAUUAUUAUUUAGUACAUAUACAAUUACCAUACAAAUCAAGUUGUUAAUAAAUUUCUAUUUGUUUAAAUGUGAUAGUAACACAGCCAUUAUCAAAAAUAGAAAUAUGAUAUAGUUGCAUGCAUUGUAGUUGCAACGUAGUUGUUUAAUCGCAGUUAUUAACACAUGCAAGAGACAACAAUCGGAAGCAAAAAACAUAACGUGAAAUUUUUUGUGUGUAAAAUUGGAAAUAAAACUAUUAGCAUAAUAAUAAAUAUAACAGGCUAAACGAAAAACAGAAUGUCUGAAUCUUAUGAUUAUCUUUUCAAAUUCUUAAUAAUUGGCAGUGCAGGAAGUGGCAAAAGCUGUUUGCUGCAUCACUUCAUCGAAAAUAAGUUUAAAGAUGACAGCUCCCAUACGAUUGGUGUGGAAUUUGGUUCACGUAUUGUGAAUGUUGGUGGUAAAUCAGUAAAGCUGCAAAUAUGGGAUACAGCGGGACAAGAACGUUUUCGAUCGGUAACACGUUCGUACUAUCGUGGUGCCGCUGGAGCUCUGCUGGUGUACGACACAACAUCGCGUGAUUCCUUUAAUGCUCUCAGCAAUUGGUUGAACGAUGCACGCACCUUAGCCAGUCCGAAUAUUGUUAUACUUUUGGUGGGUAAUAAAAAAGACUUGGAAGAUGAACGCGAUGUUACAUUCUUGGAAGCAAGCACUUUUGCACAGGAGAAUGAACUAAUAUUCCUUGAGACAAGCGCUAAAACAGGAGAAAAUGUUGAAGAGGCUUUUUUGAAAUGUUCCAAAACUAUAUUAGCAAAAAUCGAAAGUGGUGAAUUAGACCCUGAACGUAUAGGCAGUGGCAUUCAAUAUGGUGGUGCCGCGCUACGAAAUCUUCAAACAAGACAGCGAAGCAUUAGUAAACCAGACUGUGGUUGUCGUGUCUAAUUAGAUGGCGCAGCACAUCGUAUAUUUAUUUCUAUAAUCUCAUAUUAAAACUUUAUUAUAUGUAGAGUCUGUAAAAGUUAAAAAAAAACGUGAAAAGCGAAUCUGAUAUGGCGGCAGGUGUACGCAAUAUAGACAUUGGGUGUAGUUAUAUAAAAUUAUAAUAUGUACGUAUUCGACAUGUACAAAUAUGUAUUGCGAUUAGACUAAGCAAAAAGUAUAAAUAAUAUCGGAUUAUAUAAAUGCUCAUUGUUGUAAUUUCGAUUGUGGUAUAUUUUUUUAUUUUUUAACAAUUAAAUCAACAUUCAUUCCUUAUUUGAAAAGUGCGUUACUUGCCUGUUUUAAAAAUUUGUACAAAAUUCGAUUGCAUUGAUUACCGGAUUUAUUAAAAAUUUGGUGUCCUGCGACAAUGCUUGGUUUUAAAUAUUAAUUUGUUAUGAUAUUUUACACAUUAUUCGAACAUAUAAUUGUAUAAUGUUAAGGAAAUAGAUAAAUAAGUAAUCUUUUUUGUAAAUACAACAAAUUAUACAAAAUCUUUAUGAAUAAACGAAAUUAAAAUCAUGACCAAACCUUAA